GUUGGGAAGAUUACUUCAGAUGAGUGGCGGCGGGGUACAGACGCACUGCGCAUUUCUUCGUUACCUAUCCUGGCAACUGCGCUAAGGGAAUUGGAUGAUCUAGUCAUCCAAAGAAAUGAACCAAUCAAACGGCCACUUUCGCCAGUAGCAUCGGUGACAAGGAGGACUAGUGCGAGCACAACGAAAACACACGAGUUAUACAACAGAUCACGCUACUGGGAUCACGCUCAGAAUGUUGAGCGGGCAUUUGGCGAACUAUACCAGUUCUGCUUCACGCUGUCAAAACCACCGCAAAGCAGAAACAUGGACAUGGAGACAGCAACUGCGCUCUGGUCGGUUCUACUCUCCACACGAUAUCCCAUCAUAGGCGAUAUUACGACGUUUUUGAACGAGAAUUCGUCUUACAGAGGGGCGAAUAAGGAUAUCUGGAACAUGGUAUACGAGUUCUGUCGGACAGUACAUCCGAACUUAGACAACUACGAAGAUGAUGCGGCAUGGCCAACAUUACUAGACGACUUUGUAUCUUGGAAGAGAGGGAAGUCUCAUGACGGCGCGGGUUCGUAA